AAAUACCAAUUUAUUUUUCUCUAAAAUUGAGAAAUGAGGGUCGGUGUAACAUUGGUAUUAAUAUCGUUCAACGAGCAAGUUAACAACUCUCGGCCCUCUCUUUCAGAGGGAAAAAAAAAGUGGCAGGAAUUAAAAAUUUUCUGAUCAUAAAGGGGCAUUUUGUUUGAUAAUUAGUUUGAUAAUUAAGUGGGAAUUUUGUUUGAAGAAACGCAGAUCCUUGGGAGGUGCUUUUUGCGUUUUGUGAUUUUUUGAUUUGAUCUUAUGGGUUCAAAGCCUUUGUGGGGUUUUGUUUCUGCUGCUCUCCUUGGAAUUCUCCUCCUUCAGUACGGUUCUUGUUUUCCUGAGAAAGGUCCAUAUCCCACGUUCACCCACCAAGCAACAGUGGCACCCCCAGUGUCAUUCUACGACUACAUCAUCAUAGGCGGCGGAACUGCCGGCUGCUCCCUAGCCGCCACCCUAUCCGAACGCGCCACUGUCCUCCUCCUCGAAAGGGGCGGCUCCCCGUAUGGCAACCCCACCAUAUCCAACAUAGCCACCUUCGCCGCCACCCUUGCAAACGUCUCCCCCUCCUCCCCCUCCCAAACCUUCGUCUCCACGGACGGCGUCAUCAAUGCCCGGGCCCGGGUGCUGGGCGGCGGCACGUGCCUCAACGCGGGCUUCUACACCCGGGCCAGCGCCGACUACGUCAGGCGGGCCGGGUGGGACCCGCAGCUGGUCGAGGAGUCGUACGAGUGGGUGGAGAAGAAGAUCGUGUUCCGGCCGCCGAUGCUGCAGUGGCAGUCGGCGGUGAGGGAGGGGUUGCUGGAGGUGGGGGUUUUGCCGGAUAACGGGUACACGUUCGAACAUAUUUAUGGGACUAAAGUUGGCGGGACUAUUUUUGACGAGAAUGGGCAUAGACAUACGGCCGCUGAUUUGUUGGAGUAUGCGGAUCCCAGGCAGAUUACCGUUUAUUUGAAUGCAGUUGUGCACCAAAUCUACUUCGACAAAGGGUUACUGAAGCCAAGAGCUACUGGCGUGGAAUUCAGAGAUAAACAAGGAAACAUCCACAGAGCAUACCUCAAAGUGGGCUCCACGAGCGAGAUCAUCCUGUCAGCAGGAGCCCUAGGAAGCCCACAGCUUCUGAUGCUGAGUGGUAUUGGGCCGAGCCCACAUCUCGUGGCCCACGGGAUCGAGGUGGUGCUGGACCAGCCCAUGGUUGGUCAAGGGAUGUCUGAUAAUCCGAUGAAUGCGGUCCUCGUUCCCUCGCCCCGGCCCGUCGAAGUCUCUCUCAUUCAAGUCGUGGGUAUUACCCGUUUUGAGAGCUACAUCGAGACCGCCAGUGGCUCCCUGUUGACCCUUGUUGGGGCCCGUAGCCUUGGUGAAUUCUUCGCAUCAUUAGCAAAUCAGACAGCCCAGCACUUCACACUGGUUCCAAACGAAAUCAACCCACUUUUGAAUCCGAAUAUCAACGCGGGAGUCAUCCUAGAAAAGACUGCGGGUCCACUCUCAACCGGUCACCUGGAGCUCCUAACCCGGGAUCCGAACGAUAACCCGCAAGUCACGUUCAACUACUUCCAACAUCCACUAGACCUCGAGAGGUGUGUCCAAGGCAUGAGAACCAUAAUUGAGGUUAUAGAAUCCGCGCCUCUUUCAAGUUUCCGGUACCCUGCCUUGUCUGUGCAAACACUCCUUCACCUGAUGCUCACCUUGCCGUUGAACGCACGGCCGCGACAUCUCGAUGCCGCAUUUUCUCUGGAACAGUAUUGUAUUGAUACUGUGAUGACCAUUUGGCAUUACCAUGGAGGGUGUCAAGUGGGACAGGUCGUGGAUCAUGACUAUAAGGUGCUUGGGGUGGAUGGGUUGCGGGUUAUUGAUGGAUCCACGUUUUAUGGCUCCCCCGGAACAAAUCCUCAGGCUACUGUCAUGAUGCUUGGAAGGUAUAUGGGACAGAGAAUCCUGCAGGAGAGGUUUCCAAAUGGGAAGAAGUAGAAAAUGCUAGUACUGAUCCUUGGCUUGUCAAAGAUAACCUAUGUUUGUUAAUUUUGUGCAUUUGUUGGGAUGAAUUUGGGUAAUAAAUUGAGCUUGUAAGUUGUAAUGUUCGUGUCACGUAUUCGAGUGAUACGAAUUUAGUUUUGGUAUUGUGAAGUGUUGCUAUAUAAGCAAAUCAUUAUUUGUUAAUUGGCUUUGAUGUGAUGGACAAAUAAGAAUUUCCUGGAACAGGAUCAAUUA